UUUUUUUGCGCUUUCACUGCGCAACCUGUGCGCACCUCACCUCGUCUGUAAGUGUUUGUUAUUAAUUCACUUUAAAUGCUUGUUUCUGUAUUCGGACACUUAUAUACACACACUGUUUCACACACUGGACUCAGGACGUUCACUCUGGCUGUUUUAUGAAGGUGUUAACAGCGCGAUGGGACACGUGAGACUCUUCAUGUGUUUAUUAUGGACCCAGCUCGCGCUCGGAGUAUAUGUAAUGAAUGACAUUUUCAUUCACAACUCCUGCAGCACUUGAGCUGAAGUAGCACAUGCACUAGCCUCUUUGCAGCAGAACCGUGCAGUUUGUACCCAGCAGCACUGAGACAGAUGUGUGGGGAGGCGUAGGCUCCAGUGUUGAACUGAACUGCACAGUUCUGAUGCUCUACAGCAACAACAGUGAGGCUGAAUGUCCAUCUGCCUAUCUGCAUUGGAACAAAGAUGGAGAACCUCUCUUCAUCCCUGGCUCCUUCACCCAGAACACAUCCCAGUGGUUCACAGAUGAAGACCAGCUGAUGGUGAGCAGUGUCCUGACUGUGAGCCUAAAGGAAAAGUCAGAUUUUGGUCUCUACUCAUGUGAAAUAUGGAACAAUACAACCAGCUUCAGGCUUCAAAGCACCAUCUUCCCCAGUCACACAGGGGCAGUGCUGGCAUCGCUGGUUCUGUUCAUAAUGUUAGUCUUGGCUGCUGUGGUGUAUUCAAAAUGCCACCUUAACUUCAAGCUCUGGUAUAAAAACUCAUACGGAGAUUAUGAAAUCAACGAUGGCAAAAUUUACGAUGCCUUCAUUUCUUACAUAAACGAUGAGAAUGACCAGAAGUUUGUAAAUUUUAUUCUAAAACCUCACCUGGAGACGAAGUAUGGGCAUAAGUUACUCCUUAACAACACAAACAUCCUUCCUGGAACAGAGCCAUCUGCAGAGCUGCUUAUGAACAUCAGUCGCUGUCGGCGGCUCAUCGUUGUUCUGUCUCAGGCCUACGUACAGCAGGAGUGGUGCACUACCAACUUCAGACAGGGUUUAGUUCACCUGCUGGAGCUGUCUCAGAAGCCCAUCUUCAUCGUCUUUCAGUCUCAGCAGAAGCAUGUGAAUGUGGACAUCAUCCAGCAUCUACGAGAUCACCAGCCCCAAAUCACAACUCUCAUCUGGAGAGCACAUUCUACUGCCCCAUCAUCUGGAUUUUGGAAGGCACUCGCCUUGGCCAUGCCCCGUAAAGUGGUGUUCCACAGUCAGAUGUCUGGAGACCCUCAGACUCUGCUCCAGGGGGAUAGUGACCCCAUGCUGACCGUGCAGCCGGCCUACCUGGACUGCAGACCUGAUCCAGACCCUGCAGGAGAUCUGGGCUUACGAUUCCCUAUCUAUAAAGCAAUGUCCAGGGACCAAGCUCCCCCAUCAGCUUCUGACCCAGUAACUGAAGCCAAAAUCACUGAGAUCGACGUGUCUGACCUCGGCUCCCGGAGCUACGCUGCCCGAACGGAUUUUUAUUGUCUGGUUACUGAUGAUAUUUGAACCUGGAGCACCCACGACUUAUUCCUCUUUCACUCCAUUGAGUACAGAGCAGAACGGAAGCUUUUGCCAAUUUCAGUGGUCACUUUUUUGUUUGUGUUUGUGUUCUUUGUUUUAGGAAGGUAGAUUUGACCACCUUAGUGGAGCACAAGAGCUUGAGUUUAUGCAAACUCAGUACAUAACAUCCAAGACAUUACCCUUCAAUCUGAACCUUUGCCAGUUUGAAUGUUUCUAUAUAAAAAAGUACUUUAUUUAAAUUUUAUUUACAUUCAUCAGGUUGUUGUAUAUUGUGUACACUUUUUUUUAUUUGCCCUUAUGUGUUACUGCAAAAGCAUUGAAGUGCACCAUAUUGCUAAUAUUUCAUAUAGGUUAAUGUAUAUAAAGUUUAUAUUUGUUUAUACUUGAAUUAAAUACAUUUCCAGAUGAAUUCAUGUUGUGGUCUGUUUGUAGUGUAAGGGGCAUUUCAGGUUGCUUGUGUUAGUCUGCAUGGCACACUACACCAAAUCCUAAAAGGUCAACCGCAGCCACAAUGAUUUACAUUUUUAGUUUUAUGAACCAAUUGUAGAAGUGUGUGCCAGGCUUCAUUUGAAUUCUAUUUUACAUUUUUGACAUUGCAAGCCAGUGUGUGCCUGUGGAUAGUUUUGUCCAUUGAAUGAACAAAUAAAUCUUUUUAAAAGA